AUGAGUAAAGUCCCUGCUUGGAAGAAAUUAGGUCUUGCUGUCAAGAAAGAUGUCGAAGACGAUGUGUUGAAAACAACCGAACAUUUAGGCGAUGAGGUUCUUACGAACAAAGCCGCCAAAAAGCUCGCCAGAAAGCGUUCAGAGAGCACCGGCAGCCAAACCAACAAACAGAAGAAGCCACCAAAGAGACAAAAAGUUCCAAAGGCUGAGAGAAAGGCCCCUCCAGAGAAGGAUCAGCUAUCCUAUUUGAAGCAGUUCUCUGAAGAUAGAGACAACUGGAAGUUCAGCAAGCAGAAACAGAAUUGGCUACUAAAGAAUAUCGAACACAUUCCCUCAAAUUAUGAUGUUGCUCUCCGAAACUAUGUGGACAGCAUACAAGGUGGUGCCCGUACCAGACUUCAGGAACAAUUGACUGCUGUAGUUAAUGAGUGGAACGCAAUUGCCAAAAAACUCGAGGAAAAGAUCGAGGCAGAGUUGUAUGGCGACAAAGGUGAAGAAGCAAUAGAAAAUGACAAAGAACAGGGCGAUGGAAAGAAGGAAGAUGAGGCAAAAGAGGAGGAGAAGCCCACAGGACCUUCUAGAGACUAUGUGCUUAAAUGCAAAAUGCUCUUGGAUACUUUGCAAGAUGAUCCAAUCACACUUGUUGGCAUAGAAGAAUCCGUCAUUGACACAAUUUCCUUAGAUGAUGGAUCAGAGACCAAAGAUGAGGGUGUAAGUGAAGAGAAUUUGAUAAUUGAGGAAAUUGACGUGGAAGAUUACGUCAAGGAAGCUAAAUCGGAUUAA